AUGGCAUCAACACCUCAAGCUGUAGAAUUACUAUCAAGAUUUGGAUUUACAUCACAAUUUUCAGUAGAAGCUUUAAAACUAACAGCUGGAGAUCAACCAAAACCAGAUAAUUUCAAAAUAUUAGAUGUUGCAACAGGUACAGGAACAUUAUCAUUAUUUGCAUCAUCAAUUUUUAAAAAUGCUGAUAUAAUAGCUUCAGAUUUUUCACCAAAUAUGAUUUCAAUUUUAGAUCAAAUUAUUAAAGAAGAUGGAAUAACCAACAUUAAAACCAAAGUCGAAGAUGGAAUGAAUAUGAAAGAUUACAACAAUGAUACAUUUGAUUAUUGUUAUUCAAUGUUUGGUUUAAUUUAUUUCCCAGAUAGAGUUAAAGGACUAAAAGAAAUGCAUAGAGUAUUAAAACCAAAUGGUAAAGUUGCAAUAGGCUCAUGGCAAGAAAACCAAUAUUUGGCAUCACUUUUAUCAGAAACCUAUGAACAACUAAUGGGUAAACCAUUACCAAUCGAGCAACCCAUUAUUUCAAUGUCUGAUAAAGAUCAAUUUAAAAAAGAAAUGGAAGAAGCAGGUUUUAAAAAUGUAGAAAUUCAUUCAAUAACAAAAUAUUUUAAAGAAUCAAAAACAUAUGAAGAAAUUUUAAAUAAAGGAAAUCCACCAGUUGAUGAUGUUAUAAAUAUUAUACCAAAUGAAAAAAAACAAAAUUUUGAUCAAAUAUUCUUUGAUAUCGCAAAAAAAAGAUUCCCAAGAAAAACAGAAACAGAAACUAUUAAACUCAGCGCUCCAGCAUUUAUUGGUAUUGGUUAUAAAUAA